AUGCGUUUACUCUUUACUUUAAUAAAUUACAUUUUCAGAAUUUUCUUUUCAAUGAAUCCUCGAAAUGGCCAAAUUUCACGAGCAAUGAGAAAUCGUACAUUAGAAAUCCAAUUUUGUGUCGAUCAAUUGGCUUAUCAUGAAGAAUUCUGGAAUAAAAACAUUUAUGAUGCUCUUUCAAUUAUAUUUAAUCCAUGCAUUGAUUUUCAAACUAAUCUUGCGAAUUCAGUACUUCUGAAAAAAGAACUAUUAAUUUGUUCUCUACCUCCAGAACAAUUGUUGAAAUGCGCUGCUCUUUUUUAUGCAAAAAUGAAAUCAAAUUUAGGCAUUGAGUUUAAAAACAUUUUGAGUUUGUUUCUCGACGUACUGACAAGUCAAAAUAAUAAUUUAUUAUCAACAGAAUUACCAAUUCAAUGUUACUUUCCCUUAUUGCGACCUUCUUUUAAAGGCGAUUUACCCAUUUUUAUCAUCAAUUAUUAUUGCCGUUGUUGGGCUGCAAUUUUUAACAAAUCAAUUCAUUUAAACAUUCCAAUAGAAUUAUUUAUACAAAUGGCUUUUGUUUUUCCUUUAGAGCUUGUGUUAGAGCAUAAUCCUUUUAUUCUUGAUUGUGUUACUAAUAAUUUUAAUUCUCGGGAACUUCGUUUAUCAAUUACAAAAAUUUACGAUCAACUGAAAAUUUUUAUUUCAAGAAUUCUUUGUGAAAAUGACAAAAUUGUUAUUAUCGAUGAAAUUAUUCUUUCAACUUUUGAGAACUUUCAAUUUCAUCAUUGCCUAUGGAAUCAAUUACAAUCUAAUAUUACAAAUUCAACUUAUCUUGGAGAACAAUAUUUGUCUACUUUACGUGUCUCUGCUUGUUUAUGCAAGCCGUUUACUACUUAUGAUCAAAUGUGUUCGUGUCUACAACGUUGGAAAGAUGAAGAGAAUUUGCUAGUUAAUAGUUGCCAAAUCUUAGAAGAAUCGAAAUCUAUAUUUGCUCCUUUAAAACAGCAUUUACUUGAAUUAUUAAACAAAAUUGGUUAUCUAUUUUGUAGCAAUUCAACUUCUACUUUUCUAUUUGAUUGGAUUAAUGCAGGAGGAAAUGAACGAUUAUUUUUAUUUUCUCGAUUUAUGAGUAACUCCAAUUUAAUGCAGAAUAUCAAUUGUAAUGAACAGCCACUUUCUUUGUUUUCAUAUUUGAGCAAUAACGCUUUUAUUACACAUUCUGCCAAUUCAUUGUUGUGGUCUCGGAUUAAUUAUAAUGAUAAUCUCCUGCUGCAUGUUCGAGUUUGUGAAAUGUCAGAUGCUUUACAUCAAUUAGAACGGACUUCUGAACUUUUUUGGGAUAUUGUUUUUGCAUCAAAAUGUUUAAGUGAAACAAACAGUAUUCUUUUAUCUGAAUGUGAAAAACAUUUUUCUAUUAUAUCAGCUUCUAGCCUUAACCAAAAUUUUUCAAUAAAAUCAAUUUUAUUUAAAAUAAAUUUAUUGACUCCGCCCAAAGGAUUUCUUGAUAAUAUAUUUUAUAUUCACAAGAAAAAGAAUUAUCUACAAAUUAAAAAUCAGUAUAUCGAACAUUAUUUUUGUGUUUUGAGAGAUUUUCUUCAAUUAACGAUUUCUAAAGAUUAUGAUAUAGAUCAAGUUUGUACAAUUUCCUCCAGUCAUUCAAAAUUCUUCGCUGCUUUUUCUGAUGUAAGACAAACAACAAUUUCCCAGGUUAAUGGUUUAGAAGAAGAUUUUUGUUUUUGGACUAAAAAUCAGCGUGUUUAUCGAAUCGAAAUGCUGGGGGCUGACGAAAUGACAUACAAAAAAUCGAAAUUUAUUAAUUUCGACAAUUUCCAAGAGAAUAUUGUUUAUGAAUUAUAUAAUUGUACUACUGCUUUAAAUGAACUAUUCACUCCACACCUCUUGGAAGAUUUGGAUAAAUUACAAACAAUACUACACCAAAAUGAGAUUGAACGAUUUUGUUCUUUAUUAUUGAGUGCUUUCCAGACAGUUCAAGUUUUGAGGAAACGUUUAUAUUCUUUGUUUUGUUCUAAUUUUCCUACAAUUCUUCUUUUUCCUGAUGUGUUUAUGCCUUAUUUAUUUGCUCUCAACUGCCUUGCUAUUUUCUUAUCGGAACAACAUAAAUGUGCAAAGGAAAGAUUAACUACUUGUAUUCAAAACAAUAAAAUUAUUAAUGUUUUUCUGUCCCCAUUUGAAGAGAUACCCAAUGAGCAAACUAAUUUAAACAUUCUACUUAAUCAAUUACUAUCUGACGCUGUUAAUUUUUCUCCUCGUCAAAAACUUCCCGUUAUUCUCUGGUAUAUUAAUUAUAUCAAAAUAAACUUCAAAAAUCCUUUGGUUGAAAAAUGUCAAAUAAAAUUUUUGCAAUGGCUUUUUAAACUUUGGGAGCUAUGGCAUGAAAAAUAUGCAAAAGCUAAGAAAGAGCAACUUUAUGUCGUAAAGAAGAAGGUUAAUAAUGAAGAUCUAUUGGACGAGGAUGGACAAAUUAUUAAUUCAAAUGAUGUUGAUGAAGAAGAGGUGAUAAUUUUUUUGUUUUUGUAUAUUCUUUUAUUUCAGUUCAACAACUAUUUGCCUGACUUUAGCGUAUCUACUGAAAACGAACCAAUUACCAAGACACCAAUAUCCGAAGAAAUUGAUUUAUCUCUUAACGGCGAUGAUAUUUAUUCAGCACUACAAGCGAUGCUUUCAUCCUCUGAAAAUCUGAAGCUUCCAUUUCUUAAUUUCAUGUCCUUCUUGGCUGAUCCUAAUCAGGGCUUAUUUUAUCGCAAUUCAUCAUCAACAACAAAUGAAAAUUUUGCAUUCCAUCAUCUUUUACAACUCAAUGAGCUAUGUCAAAAAUUAGUGAAACAACCUAAUGAAGGACGACGUCAAAUAAUUUCUAAUUGUCUUCCAUUGAAUGUGUAUAAGGAAUCUGAACCAAGCUCUCUUAUUCAAUGUUGUGAAUUGCUUGAACCACUUCGAAUGUCUGCAUCUCGUUUACUUGAUGAAUUUCCCGAAAAUAUUCAUUUACUUCAACUUUUGUCUACCAUUGAUAUGUUUAAUGAUGUGCAAGCAGGAGUUCCGCUUAUGAAACAUGCUGCACAAUUGGAACGAAUUUUAGAGUAUGCCGAAACAUGGGAAUCAAUUUCGGAUAGAGCACACUCUAUGCGUGAGCAAAUGUAUCCUUUACAAGAGUUACUUGUAGAAUGGCGCCGUCGUGAAGUUCAAUGUUGGAACGAAUUAAUUAGUUUUGUUAAACGUGACACAUCACAACUUGCUGUUUUGGUCAGUUGGCCACUUUUUAAAUAUGCAUUUGAGCUGGAAUGUGAUAAAAACAAAUUAUUGUUAAUGCUUACUGAAUGGCUUCAAAAUUCAACAUUGGGUGAUUUUGAAACUCGUAUUUGGACUGGUCGACUUCUUUCGCAUUUUAUUUCAUUAUUUGAACAAGAGAAUGAGAAAAUAAGCGAGGAGAAAUAUAAACUUUCUUGUUGCGUUUCAUGUAUUGUUGAUCAUUUUGAGCAGUUUAAAGAUCAAGCUAAAGAACGUUAUGCACAACUUUACAGCCCAAUCGAAACUGAAUUACGUAAUUUUACUCGUGUUGUUUCUUAUAAUGAUCUGAAUUUAUGGAGUGUCCGGGAGUCAGUCAAGCGUGCGCAUGUUCAAUUAUCUAGGAUUUUACGAAAAUUUAAGGAAAUGUUCAAUGAAUUACUUUCACCUAUUUUGCUUGACAAACUGCCAGGAUUACCACCUCAAGCAUUAAAUCCUUUCCCAAGUUCUCUACCAUUAUAUAAUAAACAAUGUUCUGAGUCAACUUUUUCCCAAAUGCUCAACAAUUUUGAAAUAAAAUUUGAUAAACAAUUACAAAAGUUGGUUGCAUUGAAUGAAUUGUGUAAUAUCAAGGAAUCUGCUGUUGAUUUUCUUCAAUUAGUGAUGAAUAAUGUUUCCUAUCAAAGCAUUGAUAAAACGAGUUAG